CAGCGAGUGAAGGGGAGCCCGUCAGCACACGACUCUGCUGCCUUUCCAUCGCCUAUACCUUGGUCGCCGUCUUCUGCUCUUCCAGCGCCCCUCAUCCUAUUGCCUCCGCUUCCAUCAUUGGACCCAACGAUCACGGAAGAUCUACAUAGAGACGGCGCAUUCGAGUAUCAUCAACAAUGAGCUUAUUCGGCGGCGGAAACGCCAACAACACAACUACAGGCGGUGGUGGCCUUUUCGGAUCGAGCACAGCGCCAGCGAGCAACACGGGAGGAGGCCUGUUCGGCAGCAACACCAACACGAACCAGAGUAGCAACACCGGCGGAGGACUGUUCGGCGCCAGCACGGCCAAUACCAAUAACACAUCGGGCGGAGGCGGCCUUUUCGGGUCCAACAACACUGCGACGACGGGCAAUGCCACCACUGGAGGACUCUUCGGGUCAAGUACGGCUGCGAACACAAAUACUGCAGGCGGAGGACUCUUUGGCAACAACAACACUCAAGCACAGAGCGGCAACACUGGCGGAGGUGGGCUGUUUGGGAACACGAAUACCACACAAAAUCAGAGCGGUAACACAGGGGGAGGACUAUUCGGUGCUACGAACACGAACAAUGCCAAUAAUGCCGGGUCAUCACUCUUUGGUGGAGGCAACGCAGCUAACAAUAACAAUUCGACAUCGCUAUUCGGAAACCAGAAUCAGAACCAGAGCGGCAGCACUUCACUUUUCGCGAAGCCCCCAGCGAAUACUACCCUCUUCGGCGCGAGUACCUCGAACACGAAUCAGCAGAAUCAAAACACAGGAAGCCUCUUUGCAAAUGCCGGGCAGAGUCAACAACAACAACAGCAGCAGCAGCAGGGACCAGUGGCGAAUGCAUCCGUCUUCAACCCACAGACCGUCACGGUCGGUGGGCUAGGCCACACCAUGACCAAUGCACAAUUACAACGUCUCCAAUUCAGCGGCGCGUCGACUGUUCCUAAUGAGAAGAAGAUUUCCGACCAAAUCCUGACUGUAGUAAAGAAGUGGAAUCCGGACAUUCGAGAAGACCCCAACAGCCAGACAAACUCGCGACGGACGACGGUACUGCAGACGUAUUUGUACAAUGCCGUGCCAAAGGAAUACGCUCCAUUCUUCUAUCCUGACUUCAACCGCGGCGAAGAUGAAAAGAGCUGGGAAGAGGCCCUUAGCCAAAAGCCCGAAUUACCCAAGAUCGAUGAUAAGGAGGUUACAGGGCAGUCAUAUGUGCCAAUCCUCGUGGUGGGCUUCAAGGCACUGGGAGAUCGCGUCGAGACGCAAGCCAAGAUUGUGCAGGAGAUGAGGUCAAGAUUGCACGAGAUGAACAACUCCCUUUCAGCCGUCAUGGAUGCGCAUCAGCAACGCAUAACAGUCAAAAUUGCAGCUGCGAAGCGACAACAUCAGGUUCUGUCACAACGCUGUCUACGAUUAGCGGUCAAAGUCCAAGUGCUUCGAAACCGUGGCUAUGCGCUCGACGCGCAAGAAGAAGGUCUGCGAAAGACACUUCUGAGUCUAGAACGCCAAGUCGCCGAUCCAUCGUUCAUUGGUAGAGAGGAUGAGAUCUGGGCGAGAAUGGUCGCUCUGCGCGAGCGAGCGCGUUGGCUGGAGGAAGAAGGGAAGAGAGUAGCCGCACAGGUCGACUCACAGAAUGCAUCGCAAGGGCAGCAAAAUGGAGCGGCGGGGAACCAGGGCGUGCCCGCAGAUGUUCUAGCGAAAACGAGAAAGAUUCUCAAGGACUAUGACGGGCAAUUACAGCACUUGAACCGGGAGUUGGAGGACGUGAGGAAGGAAUACGAGGCUUGGGAGGAGAUCAACGGACGGCGAUAGUGCUUGGGUAGAAAUUCACGAUAGAGCACCUGGGACUUCGGUGGACAUGCGAAAAGGUUUGAAGGUAGUGCAUUUUUGAGCGCGGCGUUUUGAGGUAAUGUCAGCAUGAGACAUAGCUGUCAAAGAGAGCUCCACCAUACAGUGGCCGAUGUACAAC